AUGACAACACCAGAAGUUGUAUUGCAUCCUCUUGCAUUGAUUUCUAUCACCCAAAGUGCUACACAUAAAACAAUUAAUUGUGGAACAAACAAACCUGAAAGAAGUGUAGGGAUAUUACUUGGAAUUGAAAAUGAAGAAGAAGUUAUUGUACGAACAUCAUUUGAAAUUCCAGAGAGUCAAUUACUAACUAAAAUGAGUGAAGGUGUUAAAUUAAAUUCAGAAGUAAAUAAAGAAUACAAAAUAGUUGGAUGGUAUGCUGGAAUGGCUAAUGGAGAGCCACUAACUAGUGAUAUUGAAUUACAUAGUCAAAUUGUUGGUGAAAAUAAGAACGGAUUAUUUUUAAUAUUAAAUAUAAGUAAAUGUUAUCAAAAAGAAACAGAUAAAAUUCCAAUCACAUUUUGUGUAUUAAGAAAUGAAUUAUUUGUACCAUGUAACUAUCGUAUUGCAUCUGUUGAUGUUGAACGUAUUGGUAUUAAUGAGAUCAUUAAUUCAGGAAGUUCAGUAGAAACUGAUAAAAAAGAAAAAGAAGGAAUAAGUCAUGCUAUAGAAACAUUAAAAAAGAAAGUUGACAUUCUAGUUAAAUAUUUAAAAGGAGUUGAAAAUGGAAUUAUUCAAGCAGAUGAUCAUAUCCUUGCUAAAAUUGCACAAAUUUGUUCUUCUAUUCCAGUCAGUGAUAAUUCAGUAUUCAGAGAAGAAUUUAAUCAAGAAAGUAAUGAUGCCAAUUUGACUGUACUUAUGAUGCAACUCAUUCAUACUGCUACUGUUAUUUCAAAUAAUAUAGUAAAUUAUCAGGAAUUAAAACUUCGUUAUAAUAAAAAGUUAGCUAAAGAAGAAGAAGAGAGAAAAAAAGCUGAACAGAGAAUAGGUUUUGAUAUAAGAAGAGGUGGAGUAAUGAUGGGUGAUCUAGAAGGAGAAUAUGAUAGCGAUGAUUAA